CUGACAUCGCGUAUACCAAUAAAGUGUGGAAAACGACUUAGAGAUAUAAAGCGUCCGCCCUCAUUGUCCAGGCCUAGGACACGAUCAGCAGCUGAGACCCGCCCUUUCUCUCUCCCCUGUCUCUCACAUAAGCCGUUUCCCAUGCAAACUGCACAUCUUCAUCCACUGGCAGUGACUGCGGCGACUUGUCUUCCCUCUUCCCGCCAAUAAGCCACUUGUGCAAAAUCGACGCAAUCUUCGCCCGGGCCUGCCAUGCCAACACACACUCAAAGUACCUGCCAUGUGUGGGAUUGGUGGGAUCAAUGCUCACAUACAUCAAUAACGCUCUGUGGGUCCUCAGUGGUGGAUCCCCUGAGGUCCAGAUGAUGGGCGGCACCGCUGAUGAGGUAUGUGGGGUUGUCGAGCGACUCAGACCGGGCCGUCUCCGGCGUCACCCCACCACCUGAUUGACAGAUACACAGACCAAGCAGCCGAAUCAGAUGUCGCCAAUGUGUGUGGCUGACCUGUCCAUGGGUCCAGGUCUCCGUUGGUCCAGAGUAUCCGGCUGCCGCCCUCAGACGAGCCCUUCUCAAACACACUGUAUGCGCUGCAGUGCACACACAGGACACAGAGAGGGCAUAUGGUCAGGCCGGGAGGGCGCUCUGUCGUGUUUUGCCCAUCCGUACGUUGGGAUCGAUGCGAGAUCCGGCUUGACGCCGAACCGGCUCCAACAGUCGGCAUAGAUCUCUGCCAGACAGCUAAGGAGUGCAUGCGCGGCGUACCCACGUCAGCGGCUAUUGUCGUCUGUGUACCUUCAUCAGUGAAGAGCACGUCAUGCGGCAGCAUCGGAUUGUCUGGACGAAUGUGUGCCGGCAGCCACGCCUGCAUUCACGCAGACACAUAGACAAGAAAGGGACAUGAUAUGAUUGAUGCGCAAGUCUGUGCCGACAGACCGACCUGUGCGCAGCUUUGGUAGUCCCACCCGUGGCCUGAGCCGCACCCCGUCCGAUCCGCACACUGACGCACGCGCCACACAUCCAAACACGGACCCAUCCGCCCUGCAUGCACAGCACACACCACUCAUCCCACCGCAAUCACGUCGCUCCCUCUUCUCACGGACCCACCAGUGUAGUUGUACGCGAUAUCCACAAUGUCUACAAGAGGCUUGAGCUUGUCGGCAUCCCUCCUGCUGCCGGCCUCCCUCUUGGCCACUUUGUCGCACAGGUGGUUGACGGGCCAGGAGGGGAAGCUGCCCUCGAAGCUGCUGGCCUGGGGGAAGUCGAGCAUGGCCAUGUUGACCACCCCGAUGAUUAACAUGAACUGCAGCUGCCGCAGAAAGGCCGACCAGGAUGCAUCUGUGGUGGCCUCGUCUGAGCAGAGCCUGCAUGAGGGAGGAAAGGACUCUGUGGCCAUGCACACAUGUGGAUUGUGUGAUGUGUUCUCGCUGUCCGUCGGCUUGGUACCUGAAGGGUUUGGUGAGCUUGUCGCGACCGCUGAUCCUUCGCAGAUGGUCGAACGCCUCCUUGAUGCGAUACGCGCACACACCAUCUGGCGAGGCAUCGACGAAAUCCUGACAUACGCCACACCCAUACACACAGUGUCGUUCAUGUUGGCAACGGGCGUACGCCUCUGACACUCACCUUGAUGACCUGGUCAUAGAAUGUGUAGUUCUUGUCUGGCGCGCGAAACAUGCGGACAGGCCCGCUCGCAGAAUAUGCUGCAGCCGAGCCGAGCCACACACGAUGAAUGAGCCAGUGGUUGGUCUGUCUUUCCAUGUGCGCGCCUGUGUACCAGCAUAGAAGAGGUGAGGGUACGCGAAUCGUAUCCACGAGGCGAGCAUCCCGCCAUAGGAGCCGCCAAACGCCAGUACCCGGGCCGACGAAGGCAGCGAGCGACUCGCUGUGAAAUUCUAAGACACACACACACGUGUGAUGUGGCGGCCAUGAUUAUGCGCAUCCGUGUCACCUGGAUUAGGUAGGCGUAGUCUGCCAGCGCUUGCUGGACAGUCAGGCCGUACACGCGCUCUUGGUCGAAUGAUGCGUCGCCGAACGGCAGAGAUUCACCGUAGUAGCGAUGCUCGACGUACAGCAACAGCCUGGACGAAUGGAUAGAUCGACACACAGAUCGAGGAUGCAGAUCUCUUGCUUCGCCUGCUCUGCUCGUGGACAGCGCCUUACGGGUGCAUCUUGAGCACUUUUGAAGCUGCCAUCUCGAAGACAAACCCGCUGCUGUUCCAGAAAGAGAAGACGCCUCCUUCGUUGCCCGUGUAGAAGAAUAUGGGACCACCAGGUUGGUAGAAGUCGUCACACACGACGUAUCGCUGCAUGAACGUGCGGUUGUCAUCCUCGCGAAAGUGAUCAAACCGCUGCAGAUGAUGACAAACAGAAGCAAAUCGGAAGGAAUGAAUCAGCGGCAUUCUCGUGGUGUUGUGAUGCAUGUGCUUGCCUGCUCGAAGAAGGCGACGGUGUAGUUGACGCUCCCAGGCGUCACUGGAGGGCCGCUUCGCGGCGUUCUGGAGCCCCUGUCAUCGCUGAAGAGGCUGUAUUGUAUGCCGGCGUCUGAUGCCCUGGCCGCUUGUACCCCAAAGGCAAGGACGCACCAAAGCAUGGAUCGCCGCAGCUGAUUCAUCG